AUGGGCGAAGCAUUCCCGCAGUAUCAGAAUGGAUAUGGAAAUCCUCAGGGAUUGGGGUAUAUCAGCUCGGUUCUGGAUUCAUGUACCCAGCUGGACGAAAUUGUUGGUCGUGGGCGGAGCAUCGUACUUGAUGGACAGUCGCUAGACUUGGGUUCAGUCGUCGCGGUCAGCUUGCGCAAGAUUGUGGCCGACAUCACUGAUAGCGAAAAUGUGCUAUCUCGAAUGGAACGCAGUGUAGAUCUACUCGCAGAAAAGCUUGGGAACGGGGAAGUGAUAUAUGGAGUGACUACUGGAUUUGGAGGGAGUGCCGACACUCGUACCAACAACUAUGCCGCCCUCCAGCAGGCAUUGAUCCAGCAUCACCAUUCUGCCGUGGUUCUGCCUGGUGACCGAGGGUCCGCAGCAGGCUCAACGCGCCUGCAAAGUUUGAAAAGCCAUGCAAUGCCUAUUCCCAUCGUGAGGGCAGCUAUGUUAAUUCGAUGCAAUUCCUUGCUGCGAGCACAUUCGGCCGUUCGCAUUCAGGUUGUUCAAAAUAUUCUUGCCCUUCUCGCUCACGAUAUGACACCAGUCGUACCGCUGAGAGGAAGCAUUUCCGCUUGCGGGGAUCUCACACCUUUGGCCUACAUCUGCGGGGCGAUAGAAGGGAAUCCUGACAUAGCAAUGAAUUGCGGGGAGGGCCAGAACCAUCGAAUCAUUCCCGCCAGCCAGGCGCUCCAAGAAGCAGGGCUGACCCCGAUUGAAUUUGGGCCAAAGGAAGGCCUGGGUCUUCUGAAUGGAACUGCAUUCAGUUGCGGUGCAGCUACUCUAGUUUUGUAUGAGGCAAAUCAGCUGGUCAUUUUGUCGCAAUUGCUCACCGCAAUGGGGACAGAGGCUUUGCUGGGAUCGCGAUACAACUAUCAUCCGUUCAUUGCCGAGGCUCGACCUCACCCAGGCCAACUAGAGUCAGCCGCGUUUAUCUUCGAGUGUCUAGCUAAUUCUAAGUUGGUGCGUGGUGCGGAUCCCGACGGGGAAGGCUUAGCGCAAGACCGGUAUGCAUUGCGCACAUCGACGCAGUGGAUUGGUCCACAGCUAGAGAACCUCGCACUUGCACUUGAACAAGUCCAGACGGAACUGAACUCUACCACGGACAACCCACUCCUGGAUCUUGCUGAUGAGCGGGUUCACCACGGAGGAAACUUCCAAGCAGCAUCGAUAACAUCGGCAAUGGAGAAGACUAUGGGCGCGAUGCAGAUGUUAGGUAAAAUGAUUUUCUCGCAGUGCUCCGAGAUCCUCAACCCGAUGCUUAAUAAAGGACUCCCACCAAAUCUCAGCGCUGAUGAUCCGAGUCUUUCGUUUGCAUUCAAAGGUGUUGAUAUCAAUAUGGCUUCAUAUAUGUCGGAACUAGGAUAUCUCAACCACCCGGUCAGCAACCAUGUGCAGUCCGCAGAGAUGCACAAUCAAAGUCUGAACUCUCUCGCUUUGAUUACAGCUCGUUAUGCAGGCGACACUGUCGAGAUCCUGGCGUUGAUGUCCGCGACAUACCUAUACGUUCUGUGCCAGGCUCUAGACCUUCGUGCUAUGCAUCUUGAGUUUGUAUCUCAAGCCCGCAAGGAGGUAGAUCAUGCAAACGCGGAGCUGUUUCAGCCGAGCGGCGCGGGUGCCCAGAUCUCACAGAGCCAAGAAAUCAUCUGGAAAGAACUCAUGGGCCACUGGGAAAAAAACAGCACCAGCGAUCUGCACAAACGGAGCCAAGUCACUGCCACUGAUUCUUUGGGUGUCGUCCUAGAUCUUCUGGGCGACCAGGUCGUUGGAAAGGAACUUCGACAAUGGAAGAGUAACGUUGCCAAUGUGUUGAAAACGAAGUACGAAGAGAACCGGAAACUUUUCUUCGUCAGCAAGUCGGCUGCACCGUAUCUCUGUAAUUCAUCAAAGAAGCUGUAUGGAUUCGUGCGUCAGACCCUUGGAGUGGCCAUGCAUCGCGGUCUGGUGGAUCAUCCGACCUAUGACUCCGGCGAAAAAAUCGUCAAAGAAUCGAUCGGAUCGAAUAUCGGCAAGAUAUAUGCGGCUUUACGAGCGGGCGAGUUUCGUGAGGUUAUUCUGAGCUGCUGUGACAUUGCUCGGUAA